UGUCCAGCAAAACUUGUCCGGAAUAUCUUGUUCACAGGCCUACAUUGGCUUAUGUUUAGGAUAUGUCACUUGCUUUAUUUACAUAUAUGAAUAUAUAUUCUCAAAUGUGGACCCUCCUUUUGAUCUUCAUCCCUUCUAGAGUCCAGUGCAACGCUAAUACAAAAAUCCCAUCAAAGAUUAUUUAAGUCCCCUCCCAAGAAUAUAGCUCUCUCUCUCUCUCUCUCUCUCUCACUCUCACACACACACACACAGAAAACACACACAUAAUAUUUAGAAUAAGCACUGUCACAUUGCUACAACAGCUUUCCUUUUCGUUUUUCUUUUUGGGGUUUCCUUGGCAUUCUCCUUCCCUCCUUUCCCAGCCUGUCAAGGGCUGAAUUAUUAACAUACCAGGAGACUAUAAUUUUUUAAGAGAAAGGUGCUUUGUUGUCUCUCCAAGUAAAGUGAGGACUGGUUUUGGCCAGCCGAGAGUUUUAUUUGGAUGGGAGUGUUGUGAUGUCGUGAGUCCUUUCUUGAAGCACAGCUCUCUUUAUUUUUAUUUUUUUUCGGUUUGCCUUGUUCGGUGGCUCCGUCGCAUGCUGCGAAACAACAUGUCAUGUUUGCUCAUGGAGGUUUUGGUUGGUUCUUGUCCUCCUGUUUCUGGGCUUCUUGUUAUUUAGCAAGGCCUUCUUAUGGAUGGUAAUACUGGGGAUUUUCAUGAAGAAAGAUGAUGUUGAAUGACCAUCUCCAUAGAGUUAGCAAAUCUGGUCAAGUCCAUCUCUUGCAGGUAUGGGAACCGAACUUCAAUAUGCCAUCAACCCUCUAGCAGUAGCUUCACCAAGUAGCCACAUUUUUUCUUUUCACCGUGUGGAUGAGCGGGACCAUUUUCAGAACAGAGAGCUCAAAGAAAGCAUCAGGAACACUGGAGUGAACAAUUUCAUAGACCCCAUGGAUCAGGUCGCCGAGAAGCAUAACAUCGAAUCUAUCAGAAAGACAAUACAGAUGCAUGAAGAUACCUUCAAGCAACAGGUGCGAGAACUCCACCGGCUGUACAGUGUUCAAAAGAUGCUAAUGAGUGAGCCGAAGAAAGAAAUAGACCAAAACAGGAUCCGGAAUACCAUGAGGAGUUCAGAGACUAACUAUGUCAUCAAUUGGCCCCAGCAAACAAGUCAACCCAGUAGCGGCCGUCCGUUUCAUUUACGAAGUCUGAGCAAUGAUCCAACUUCAAACGAGAGGAGUAGCAGUAGCUGUGUUGAGGCCAUAAGAAGGCCGAGAGGUUUCGACCUCGAAAGCCCAGCUAAGGAAAGCAGCAACAUUGACGAAGAAUUACCAGGGCCUAGCUUUAGCAACCCUUGCAAAAAUGAAGGAAUGAGCAUUGAAGGCUCGGAUGAAGAAACUGAAGUGGAGCUAACGUUAAGCAUAGGAGGGAAAAGGUGCAAUAAAAAGUUCAAAAGCUACCAGCAGCAUUACAGCAAACAAGAGGCGGGUUUCUCCAGGAUGAAUCAUAAGGAGCUCGUUUCAUCAUCAUCACUCAUGUCAGAUCGAGGCGAUGCUUGCAGUGGACCCACCGCCAGUAUCGGUGGUUCAGCUACUAGAUCUGAUCGGGAAAGAAAACAGCCACAUUGGCUGUUUCAAGUCUGAAGUCAAGAUUAUUUGAAGAUAGGGGCAUGUUCAUUCAUCUCAAGCCUCUCCUGAACCAUCUUUAUCAACAUGAUUCAUCAUCCAUUCAGAUUCUAUUUUGCUUCCUCCUGAUUCUAAUAAGAAGAUGAUCACUUUGCCAUUUCUGAGUUCACAUAGAUGUAAAUACCUCUUCAUCAAGACUUGUCAUUCUAAAUUUCAGCACAUGUCUAGGACUUAAAUCUGCCCCAUGAGCCAGAAGACCAAGUUUGAAUUUUGUAGAGUUAAUUGUCUUUGUUGAAGGAUGAACUUUUUGCUGUC